CUCUCUCUCUUCUCUUUUGAGCAGCCGGCUGGCGUGAUUACCAUACACCCACCCCUGCUCGACAAUCCCACGCCUGCAGCUCCCUUUCUGUACCCUCUUCUCCCUCCCCCCCCCUCCCUGCAUUUCCUGCCGCUCGCAAGGAGGAUCGGAUCCUCGCCUGCCGGCACCUGGCGCCGUCCCCAUUCGCCCACCGCAUUCCCCUCUCUGCGCGCUCUCGCCGGUGUUGUCCUUGCGUCCCGCUCGUCUCUCGCGUCGCCUGCCCACCCCCUCCCGACCACCUCGGGCAUGGGCCGCCCACCGUCAAAUACCCACACCGGUUCCCCUCGUACACAGAUGCCCAUCGACAACCACGACGACCAGCUCGCUCGUGACUCGCCCCACCCCGCGCGCAACUCUUGUGUUGCAUCCUCCCCGCCUCCGGCCGCCCAGCCAUCCCUCCCCGCCAUCCCCAACACCCCCCUGGACCACAAGGCCAAUCUCUUUUUUGGUACCCUGGUGAAGCCACACCAGGCUGGGGUUGGUGGUGCCAACCCCGAGAUGACCGAGGACUCCGACGAUCAGCCCUCUUCGCCGGAUCUCAGCGACUCUUUGCUGCAAACUCCGGCCUUCGGGACUGCCUCCUCCACUUCCUCCACUUCCUCCACUUCCACCUCUCGGAUCCGACGCCUCCGCAGGGCUUCCCCCUCCCUCCCAUCAUCACAAGAUUCCGAUGGCAGCAGCCUGGUCAAGACCGAGCCCUCUGCCGAUCCCUCCCCCAUGAAUCCCCCCUCCCCUUCUUCCGGGUCGCGGCUUGCCUCCCCGGCGGGCCCCCUUUCCCUGGGCCCGGCACACUUGUGCCCGGAGGAGGAAAAGCGCAAACGCAAUAGCGAAGCGUCCGCUCGCUUCCGGGCCAAGAAGAAGCAACGCGAACAGAAGUUGGAAAAGGUGGCCCGCGAGGCCGGGGCCAAGGCCGAAGCCCUAGAUGCUCGGGUGAAGACUCUUCAGGCUGAGGUGGAGUACUUGCGGGAGCUGCUCAUCGCGCGUGAGCGGCAUGAGGCCGCUGUGUCCCUUGCAUCAGCGGCAGAUCUCGCCCAUGCGCCGGCUGUCAGCCCCUCCGAUCUCCGCCACAUCCAUACUCUCCGGGAUCCUCCUGUGCUACAAUCCUUCCUGAAUAGCCAGCUCCUGGGACAUCAUCCCUCUCCGCAACAGCAGCAACAGCAGCAACAGCAGCAGCAACAGCAGCAACAGCAACAAAAAACAGAUGCAGCCCACCGGGCCAUCGCAACAGGUCGACCAUUCAACAUGCCUGAGCCAAUCAUUGCCCCGAAGGCCAAUCUGCCUGCUGCCUCCGAGAAUGGGGCCGGUCGUCCAUCAAAUACCUCCCUGGGUAUUGGCGACCGAUCGCUUCUGCUUCAACAGCACCCGAUGGCCUCGCUUCUGGCAUCAUCCACCGGGCUGCCUCCCCCAACUCCGUCCCUACCCUCGACGGGCGCGACUGUCGCGCCCCUGCCUGCCGGCAGCCUGCCCCUGGCCUUGGAGCAUCUGCAACCUGGCGUGCUUGCUUCCCUUCCCUCCCAGCAACAGGCCCAGCCCCAGACACUGCAACAUGUUCCCCAGGGUGCAGGGUACUUUGUCAGUGACCCGGCCGGUGACCUUCGCCGCCAAUCGCAAAUAGUCUCCUCGCGCUCGAUGCCGGACAUCGGCGACUUCCAGGUCACUUCGCAGCCGGGCCCGCACCGGUUCCGUGGUGCGGCCUCGGCAGUCGGCUAUGGUCCGGAGCUGGGAAGCUCCCCCGCCCAAACGCAAGCGCAAUCGCAACCGCCACCCCCGCAGCAGCAGCCGCAGCCGCAGCCGCAGCAACGCAUGUCCUUCUCGUCAGAUGCCGGCCAGGUUUUGCUGUCCGCCGGCGAAGUGCGCACCUCUUCACAUCAUCCCUCUCUUGGAGAGUAUCAUGAGUCCUUGGCCUCCCUUCCUGGCCGGCGCUUCUCACAGCGUUGA